CUAAUCAUUGUAAAAAUGUAAGCCGCACUCUUGUAGAGAGGGUUACUAAUGCAAAUAACUAUGUAAAGGAAUUGGAAUUAUGUAAAGAUGAAAAUAGCGAGUUUUUAGCCAAAUCAGGAACUUUUCAAAAAUUUAAUGAGUUAAGGAAUAUCGUCGCUCAGAUUGUAAGCUUUGUUGAGAGAAUUUCACGAAUUGAAGGGUUAGCCACUUUCAAAUCUACUAACGAAAUUAAGCAACAAAUUAAACAACAAUUUUGUGAACUAGUUGAAAAAUUUGAUAAAUAUUCAGAAGAGCUAAAAUUUGCAUCAAAGAAUUCGAACGAUAAUUUUGCAUUAGAACAUGAUCUUGCUGAAAUAGACAAGAUAUCACAAACGAUUCCUUUGAUUGUACAAUUAACUGAAGAAUUUAAUAAGCAAUUAUUGAACGAUAAAAUAAAAAUUAUUCGGCCUUUAUCAAAAACUCAGUCAUUGGAUAGUCUUAAGGUAGAGACAUUCGAAUUAAUUGGAUAUAAAAUGUCAUCAGAUGAAAUUCGCGGACAACAUAUUCGAAAGUGGUCAAAAAUUUCUGAUCCUAAUAAAGUCAUUGCCGUUAAGGAAGUAAAUAUAGGUGAACAUCCCGAUAUUUCGUCGAUAGAGCAAAUUAAAAAACAAAUAGAAAUUCUUAAAAUGCUUCAAU